AUGAUACCAACGUGGAUAAAACGUUUUUUAAAAAAUCAACGAACUAAAAAACUGCGUCAACGUCAGUAUAUACGAUCAUCAAUAAAAGAUAACAUUUGUUAUGGAAAAGUUUAUGGUUAUGAAUAUAUAUCGUCUACGAAUGAAUCUAAAAAAAGUAGCAUUAAUUGGAAUGCUUUGAGCAAGGCUAUUCAACAUGACAAGCGUACAACUCAACAUUAUCAAACUGAUAAUUAUGAUAGAAGAUAUAAUUCACGUACUGGAGUGGCAGCAGCAUGUGGAGCUGAUAUAUGGUAUGAGGGUGAUACUUAUGGCGAUGGAGUCGGUGACUGUCAUGAUGGUGGAUGUGAUAGUGGUGGUGGUGAUGGCGGUGGCGGUGGUGGUGAUGGUGGUGAUGGUGGUGGUGGUGAUGGUGGUGGGUGUGGUGGUGGUUGCGGCGGUUGUGGAGGUGAUUAA